UUACUUUUAAGAAAUUUUUUAAAUCCAAGUACAGGAACAGGAUGAACUGUAUAUCCUCCUUUAUCUUCAAAUUUAUAUCAUUCUUCACCCUCAGUAGAUUUAGCAAUUUUUUCUUUACAUAUUUCAGGAUUAUCUUCUAUUAUAGGUUCACUAAAUUUUAUUGUUACAAUUAUCAUAAUAAAAAAUAUUUCCUUAAAACAUAUACAAUUACCUCUAUUUCCUUGAUCUGUUUUUAUUACAACUAUUCUUUUACUUUUUUCCUUACCAGUAUUAGCUGGUGCUAUUACUAUAUUAUUAUUUGACCGAAAUUUUAAUACAUCUUUUUUUGACCCAACUGGAGGAGGAGACCCAAUUCUUUAUCAACAUUUAUUUUGAUUCUUCGGCCACCCAGAAGUUUAUAUUCUAAUCCUUCCAGGAUUUGGAUUAAUCUCCCAAAUUAUUUCUAAUGAAAGAGGAAAAAAAGAAACUUUUGGAAAUAUUGGAAUAAUUUAUGCUAUAUUAAGAAUUGGACUUUUAGGUUUUAUUGUAUGAGCUCAUCAUAUAUUUACUGUUGGAUUAGAUGUAGAUACUCGAGCUUAUUUUACCUCAGCUACUAUAAUUAUUGCAAUUCCAACAGGAAUUAAAGUUUUUAGAUGAUUAGCAACAUAUCAUGGCUCUAAAUUAAAAAUAAAUAUAUCAAUUAUAUGAACUCUAGGAUUUAUUUUUCUUUUUACUAUAGGGGGAUUGACAGGAAUUAUAUUAUCUAAUUCUUCUAUUGAUAUUAUCUUACAUGAUACAUACUAUGUUGUAGGACAUUUUCAUUAUGUUUUAUCUAUAGGAGCUAUUUUUUCUAUUAUAGCUGCUAUUAUUCAUUGAUUCCCUAUAAUUAUUGGACUUUCUAUAAAUCAAUUUUGAUUAAAAAUCCAAUUUUUCUUAAUAUUUAUUGGAGUUAAUAUAACUUUUUUUCCUCAACAUUUUUUAGGAAUAAUAGGAAUACCACGUCGAUAUUCAGAUUAUCCAGAUUCUUAUAUAUGUUGAAAUUUAUUUUCCUCUAUAGGAUCUUUAAUUACUUUAAACAGAAUUAUUAUAAUAAUUUAUAUUAUUUUUGAAAGAUUAUAUUCAAAACGAAUAAUUUUAUUUAAAUUUAAUCAAACAGCCUUAGAAUGAAUUAUACAUAAUCCUCCUUUAAAUCAUUCUUACAGGGAAAUUCCAUUAAUUUUAAAAAUUUAAUUUAAUAUGGCAGAUUAGUGCAAUGGAUUUAAGAUCCAUAUAUAAAAUUAUUUAAUUUUUAUUAAAAAUUUCUUCAUGAUAUAUAUAUUCAUUUCAAGAUUCAAAUUCCCCUUAUUCAGAUAAUCUUAUAUCAUUUCAUAACUUUACUAUAAUAUUUAUAAUUAUAAUUAUCUCAACUACACUUUUUAUAUUAAUAGAUAUUUUUAAUAAUAAAUUUAUUAAUCGAUUUCUCUUAAAACAUCAUACUAUUGAAAUUAUUUGAACUAUUAUUCCAACAAUUAUUCUUUUAUUUAUUUGUUUUCCAUCUUUAAAAAUUUUAUAUUUUACAGAUGAAUUAUGAAACCCAAUUUUUUUUACAGUAAAGAGUAUUGGACAUCAAUGAUACUGAAGAUAUGAAUAUCCUGAAUUUAAUAACUUUGAAUUUGAUUCUUAUAUAAAUAAAAACUUUGAAUAUAAUUCUUUCCGAUUAUUAGAUGUAGAUAAUCGUAUAAUUAUUCCCUUUAAAAUCUCAAUUCGAAUAUUAACUACUUCUACAGAUGUUAUUCAUGCUUGAACUAUUCCUUCUAUAGGAGUAAAAAGAGAUGCAACCCCAGGUCGAAUUAAUCAAAUAAAUAUUCUUGCUUUACGACCUGGACUUUUUUUUGGUCAAUGUUCGGAAAUUUGUGGUAUAAAUCACAGAUUUAUACCUAUUGUUUUAGAAUCUACAUCUUAUAAAAAUUUUAUAAAUUGAAUUAAAAAUUCUACUUAAA